AUGAGUCUUGACGAUUUUUAUGCUGUCGCUCUUGACCUUGUCAAGCAAUCCGGUGCGAUUAUUCGAGACAGGAUUAACAGGCCAAAAGAUGUAAUGAUUAAAUCAUGUGACGUUGACCUUGUCACUGAGUCCGAUCAGCAGGUAGAAAAACUUUUUAUGGAUGGAAUCACCGCUAAAUUCCCAGAUCACAGAUUUAUUGGAGAAGAAACUACAAGUUCCGGUGAAAAAGUUCAAUUGACAGAUGCCCCUACAUGGGUAAUAGAUCCGAUUGAUGGUACUAUGAACUUUGUCCAUGGUCUUCCUCAUACGUGCAUAUCAGUCGCCCUGUUAAUAAAUAAAAUCACUGAGAUUGGACUAGUUUAUAAUCCUAUUCUCGAACAGUUUUUCACAGCUCGUAAAGGUCAAGGGGCUUUCAUGAAUGGUAAUCCUAUCAAAGUUUCAGGCGAGAAAGAACUCAAAAAAGCUUUAGUUAUGGUGGAAUUGGGCACAAGCAGAGAUCCAGAAAAAAUGAAGAUAGUUAUGGAAAAUUUAAAAAUAUUAACAUCCAAAGUUCACGGAGUACGAGCAUUAGGAUCAGCAGCGUUGAAUAUGUGCAUGGUAGCUUUAGGUGGAGCGGAUGCUAAUUUUGAAUUUGGGAUUCACAUAUGGGAUUUCGCAGCAGGCGAUUUGAUCGUUCGUGAAGCUGGUGGCUGUUGUAUUGAUCCAUCCGGAGGUGAAUUGGAUCUUUUAUCACGAAGAGUACUGUGUGCAUCAUCGCAAGAAUUAGCCAAUGAGAUUUCAAACUUAUUAAUUCAAUACUUUCCGGAACGUGAUUAA